UAACAGGAUUUCGAAAUAGCUCCCGGCUGCACUGGUGCCCCCGAACUGCAGAGAUUCAGGUCAACUCCCUCCUCCCAGAUAAAACAUCUACAUCAUGCAAUUCAAUACCACACACCCCUUUCACAAGAAAAGUCUGGCUGUUUGCAGGACUUUCGGUUAAUUACAAAAGAUCCUGCUGGCCAGAGAUGUAACAAUGAUUUUACAUUCCUUACUCGAGUGCUUGGAUUUCAAAACUAGCUUGUUUAUGAUUAGUUUAGUCCUGUUGCUUAUAAUUAUAAUCAAAAGUAAAAAUCCAGCAAACUUUCCACCAGGACCCUGGGCACUACCCAUCUUAGGAAACGUCUUCACUGAUGUUAACUAUAAUACUGUGGACCAGCUGGUUGAGAAGUAUGGAAAUAUCUUUAGCCUGAAAAAGGGAAACGUUAAACUGGUCUAUGUGUCUGGAUAUAAAUUGGUGAAGGAGGUUUUGAUCACUCAGGGUGAAAACUUCCUCGACCGUCCUGUUUCUCCUCUAUUUGAUUCACUGUAUAAAGGCAGAGGAAUAUCCUUCAACAAUGGCUACUCAUGGAGAAAACAACAACAGUUUGCUAUGAGUCAUCUGAAAAACUUCGGAGAAGGGAGAAAAACUCUGGAAGAACAAAUUCAACGGGAGUGCUACUUCCUAUGUGGAGCCUUCAAAGAAGAGCACGGCCACCCAUUCGACCCUCUCGUCAAAAUCAACAACGCAGUGGCCAAUGUUAUCGGCGGUCUAGUGUAUGGUCAGCGUUAUGAGUACGAUGAUGUUAAUUUCCAGAAACGCUUACGAAAGAGCGCAGAGUCUGUGUUUCUUGGAGGAUCUAUUUGGUUCCAGAUGUAUGAGACCUUCCCAAGUAUAAUGAAGUGGUUGCCAGGACCUCAUCAAACAAUCAUCUCAAACUAUCAAGAUUUAGCAAAGUUCCUAAAAGAGAAGGUCGAGGAACACAGACCAGACUUGGACAGCGAUAAUCCUAAAGAUUAUAUUGACACCUAUCUCUCAGAAAUAGAAAAGCGUAAGAAUGACAUGAAGGCAGGAUUUGAUAUUAGCUGUCUGGUAUGGAACACAGUCGACCUGUUUGAAGGUGGAACAGAAACAACAACCACCACUCUGCGCUGGGCUUUGCUUUUCCUUAUCAAAUACUCUGACAUUCAAGAGAAGGUCCGUGCGGAGAUAGACCAGGUGAUUGGGUCCCGUCUACCUACUUUGGCGGAUAGGGCAAACAUGCAUUAUACCAACGCAUUUAUCCAUGAGGUGUUAAGGAAAGCAAACCUUGUGCCAAUCAAUAUGACCAGACUUACAAAACAGGACACAACUGUGGGUGGCUACUUUAUACCAAAGGGGACUGUACUGGUCACUAACCUGAUGUCAGUGCUGUAUGAUAAACAUGAAUGGGAAACACCAGACACCUUCAACCCCGGACACUUUCUAGACUCUGAGGGUCAGUUUCGCAGAAGAAACGCUUUCUUUGCCUUUUCAGCAGGUAAAAGGCAGUGUCCAGGUGAGUACUUAGCCCACAUGGAGCUGUUUAUCUUCCUCACCAUCCUUCUGCAGACCUUCACCUUCAGUCCUCCACCUGGUGAGGAGCCCAGUUUGAAGAGCAUAGUGGGUUUCACACAAGCACCACUUCCAUACAAGCUCUGUGCUCAUCCAAGGUGAAUGACACUUACUCCAGUGUCCACAGGAACUUAGAGUUGGAAAACUUUGUCUCACAGUUUGUGCAGCAUAAUGAGUUUUUGUAAAAAGAGAGGUUGCAAAUCCUGGACAGAUUCAUGUCUGGGAAACUAAAAAGAAGUGUGACCCGAAUUAAACCAGCUUAACUUAAAGGGAUAGUUCACCCAAAAAUGAAAAUUCUGUCAUCAUUUUCUCUUUUAUCUUAAUUGUCAACUGUGUGCUUUCCAUCAUUUAUCAGAAUAUUUUCUUCAUCAUUUAUCACAAUACUUCCAAAAUAUUUUUCCUACUAUGGAAGUCAAUGGUCACUAUGUGCUGUGUGUUUACCAUCAUUUCUCAAUAUAUCUUCUUUUGUGUUCGUCAGAAAAAAAGAAAUUCAUACAGGUUUAGAACAACAUGAGGAUGAGUAAAUGAUGACAGAAUUUUCAUUUUUGGGUGAACUAUCCCUUUAGUAAUCAAUAGGUAGCCUGCACAUUAGGAUUACCAACACAUUAAUGUAUAUUGGUAACGAAUAAGCAUAAGCCUAAGUCAAGUAUAAAGCAAUGCCUUAAGUUUUUAGUAUGUAUAUUUUGUAUCUUACAUCAAUGUAUACAGCAAAUAAUUACAUAUAAGUUAGAAAUUAUACAUUUAAACAAAUCACUUUUUAGUUACUUGAGUUCAUUUUCCUCUGACAAGUUAUCAUAAGAUGACAUUGAGAAACUAUACAGCAAAUAUGUUUCUUGCCACUGACUCAAUUCAACUUCUCAGGUCUGGUACCAAAGUUACACACUUCUUAAAGGUCCCGUUCUUUCUGUGUUUUUGAAUUUUUGAUUGUGUUUACAGUUUUCACUGUCCUCAAAACGGGCUGAUGUCUUCUAUGAAGUCCCUCCUUUAGAAAUACGUAUCGAGUUUUGAUUUUGUAGUUUGUUUAGUGUGUUGUGAUUCGAUAGCACCUUAGCUUGCCAUUAGCUUAGCUUGCCGUUAGCUUAGCUGGCGACUGAAUAUUCCUGUGGGCGGAGUUUAGUCAAACAACUGUUCUAGUGAGGUCAUUAAAGCAGGAAGUAGAGGGCUACAGUCCAAACCGGCAGUUCGCUGUAGGCUUUGAAAGGGGAAUUCUGUUAAAGAAAAUAUUGCCUGGCAGUGAACUUUGAGCUUUAUCAUUUUUCAGGUAUUAUUUAGGCCUAUGCUAUUAUAGCAACAUUACAUACUAACUAGGGUUUUAAAAAAUGGGAUCAGAUAGAACAUGACAUUUAAACAAAAUUCUUAUUGUCCUUUCUCUCCAACCCAUUUUCCACUUUUCAUUGUCUGGUUUGUAUACUCACAAUAUCACAUAUUAUAUUACACACAACCAUCUGACAGGAUGACAAACAAUAGACAAAGCAUUUCACUUUGUAUGUAUGUGACCAAUGAAGAUUUUGUCUUUGCUUUGUGUUCUGUAAUUUUGUCAAAAUACAAUAAAGCUUAUUCUUAAACCUA